CACCCAUCUGCAAUUCACUCUCUAUCUCCUUGCUUCGCUUUCUCUAUAUUCACUCAGAGAGUUCGAAGAAGAAGAAAGAGAGAAAAUAAAAUGAAUUCGAAGAUCAUCUUAACUUUCUUCAUCGUGGCUAUAUUCGCCACUUCAUGCCUCGCUCAAGCUCCAGCCCCAACUCCCACCACCACCGCCACUCCUCCUCCGCCUCCCGCCGCAACUCCAUCACCGUCAACCACUCCACCACCUGCCGCCACCCCUGCCCCCACCGUGACUCCUCCAUCGUCCGCUCCUUCUCCUAAUUCUGAUGUCCCCGCCGCUUCUCCACCUGCUCCGGAAGGUCCCGGAGUUAGUCCCGGAGACCUUUCUCCGACUCCUUCCGACGCCGCUGCUCCUCCACCUAACGCCGCUUUCUCCAACAAAGCUUUCGCCGCCGGUACAGCUUUCGCCGCUAUUGUUUACGCCGUCGUUUUGGCUUAAGAAACUCAUUUAAAACAUCUUAAAACGUUCUGUUUUAGUUUCAUAUUUUUUUUAGUUUCGGUGUUUAUUUCGAGAAUUUGAUUGAUUUUCGUCAUUCGAUUGUUGAUUUUGAUUUGGGUAUUAUAUGAUUGAUCGGGGAUUGGUAAUUAUUUACGGCGGAGUUUAAAUGUUGACACGUGUAACUUGUCACGGUUUGUUG